AGCAGAGAUCGGGAAUUGGAUACCCGUCUGCGCCCUCUUUUUUUUUGCGUGUACAAAACGAAAAGGAAACAGGGUAAGAUGACCUCAGUCGAGACGUAGACAAACCCUUCCUAGAUUCAUGGUGGCGCCCCCGACGGCAAUCUUUAUCGGAACAGAAAUGGUGGUUCCUAAUUAACUGCAGCUCCAGAUCAAUUACCUACCUGCCCAUCACGCCCUCUUCUUGCGCGACAUCGUACGAUGGCAGCGACGCGCCGGGUGCUAGUGCUCUGCCGCCUCUCGCCGUCCUCCCUCGCCGGUCUCGCCGCCCGCUUCAGCCUCCUCGACCGCCACGCCUCGCCGCUCUCCAUGGAAGCCUUCCUCGCCGCCGCGGCCGCCGCCAACGACCCACCGCGCCUGGCCCUCGUCCCGGGCGUGGGCGUCCGCGUCGACGCGGCUUUCCUGGACGCCGUCCCGUCGCUGCGCUGCGUGGUGACCGUUAGCGCCGGCCUGAACCACGUCGACCUCCCCGAGUGCGCGCGCCGCGGCGUCGCUGUGGCCAACGCGGCCGGGGUCUACUCCUCCGACGUCACCGACCACGCCGUCGGCCUGGUCAUCGACGUGCUCCGGCGCGUAUCGGCGGCCGACAGGUACGUGCGGCGGGGACUCUGGCCGGAGCGCGGCGACUUCCUGCCCCUCGGGUCCAGGCUCCGCGGGAAGCGCGUUGGCAUCGUCGGCCUCGGCAGCAUCGGAUCGGCGGUCGCGAGGAGGCUGGAGGCGUUCGGCUGCGUCGUCUCCUACCAAUCCCGCGGCCGGAAACACGACGUCUCCUACUGCUACCACCCCACGGUGCACGACCUCGCGGCGUGCUCCGACGUGCUGGUCGUCGCGUGCGCGCUGACGGCCGAGACCCGGCACGUCGUGGACAGGCGCGUGCUGGACGCGCUGGGGAGCGGCGGCGUGGUGGUGAACGUGGCGCGCGGCCCGAACGUGGACGAGGCGGAGCUGGUGAGGGCGCUCGCGGAGGGCAGGCUCGCCGGCGCCGGGCUGGACGUGUUCGAGGACGAGCCGGACGUGCCGGCUGAGCUGAUGGCCAUGGACAACGUCGUGCUGACGCCUCAUCGGGCCGCGUUCACCCCGGAGUCCAUAGCCGACCUCGACCGCCUCGUCGUUGGCAACCUCGAUGCCUUCUUCGCGGGCACACCGCUGCUUACGCCCGUCGUCGUCUGUGACUGAGCACAAAGAAUGUCGAUUGUGACCGACCGCCAGCUCUUCACAAAGAAUAAAUCUAGCAGUGAUUAGUCCACCACCGACCGAUGUCUGCUGGACGUGGAUUUCUCUAUGUAGGAGUAACUGGUUAGCGCACAACUCGAAUCUGUACCAUACAUCAAGUUGGGUAGUCGCAUCAACAUGCAGGAAAGCUGCAACGGACCCACUGUCGUUUCAUCAGUAGGUUCGUUGUAUUGCUUAGUCUUUUUCAUAUUGUCCGUAUUUUUAUUGUAUUAGCUAAAGCAUGCACUUUUAUA